GCAAAUUGGCAAAGUUUGCAAACGAAAAAUAUUUUCUUGGAAGAAAUUAUACUGGCGCAAAUAUUUUUGCAUGCAAAUAGAUUGAAAUCAAAUUGCAAAUGAUGCACAAGAAAAUUGCAUAAAUAGACAGUACAAAUGCACUUGUAAUCCAUUUAAAAGAUUUCAUUUAGAGUUUCAAGUUCGAGCAAACAAAAUAGAGGGAUCAUUCAGACGAAUUUUAUUUUGCUACUGCAAAUUUGAUUAUAAAAAAAAAAACAAAUCAUUUCACGGUAGUCAUUCCCCUGACCUGUGUCAAUUGUGUGUAUCUCUUGCUGAAGCAAAGCUUGAACGGCUGGCUUCAAUGUGGGCAAUAGUUAUAAAAUCUAUUUUACGGAAUAUUACCAUAUUUACAUAGAAUAAAAUUGGGCAAAAAGAGGAGAUGAUUACUCGAAAUAUUUAUUGUUUUGUCACUUUGACGGUGGUUUUGUUACACGGUGAUCUAAUUUGUGCACAGAAUAAUUCAAAUUACAGUGAAUUGUUAGAAACCAUUGGGAUUUUUUAUUACAGUCCAUUUUAUCACGAGGAACAGUUAGUGCGUAGGUCGGUAAAAUUGGAUGGUUUUAUUGAUGAUGUACCCAUAAAAGUAUUAAUUCAUGGCUAUAUUGCGAGUCGUUAUCACACCUCGAUUGAACCAAUCAAAAAAGCGUAUUUGAAUGCCGGAAAUGUGAAUUUAAUGAUUGUUGACUGGUCACAGGCCUCGUAUCAAAUGUAUGAAGUAUCGCGGAAAUUGACAUCACAAGUGGCGCUUCGCAUCGCACAAAUUCUCGACAGUUUCUUGCAAACCAAUAACAUCGACAGUGGUUUGGUGCAUAUACUAGGGCAUUCGCUUGGUGCGCAUAUCGCAGGGAAUGUUGGCCGCAGUAUGAAAUCCCGAGUUGGACGAAUAACUGGGCUCGACCCCGCAGCGCCACUCUAUUUGAAAUGGUCAUAUGAUGCAAUUCGGAUAACGGACGCCCCAUUCGUUGAUAUUAUUCACACCAAUGGUGAACGAUUGGGAGAAUCAUGGGCAAGAGGACAUAGUGACUUUUAUCCAAAUUUCGGUAUUGUAUCGCAGCCAGGAUGCGAACAAAAAGAUGUUUUGACUUUGUUUGCAUGUAGCCAUUUCCGUUCGGUGGACUAUUAUGCCGAAUCAAUUUUGAAUCCAAAUGCUUUCAUCGCUCAACCGUGCCCAAUCACCGAUAUUCUACUGCAACGCCAUUGCUUCGGAACAUUGGACUCGUCGAGUUUGGUUAUCAUGGGCGAAUACACGCCUAGAGAGACUCGAGGAACUUAUUUUCUGCGCACUAACAACGUUGCACCGUAUGGAAAGGGAAAUUAUUCGGAGCUCUUUGCAUAAAACGAGAAUUUUGUUUUUGGAGAUCGGUCCUAGUUGAAUUUAAAUUUCCUCCUAUGUUCUUUGUAAAUCAUAUCCAAAUGAUCAAAUUUGACGUUAAUACAAGUAUAAAAGAAUAUUGUUCUAUUGAAUUACUUUCAUUGCGACAGCAGAAUUAUUUAUUAUCGUUGACCAAAAU